AUGCCUUCUGCAACCCCUAAUCUACCAUAUCAGCAGACUGCCAUUGUGGUCGAAGAAGCAGGAAAGCUUCGUGUCCGGCAUGAUGUGCCAGUCUUAUCACCAGGGCCACUGGAAGCUGUUGUGAAGACCGCUGCCGUUGCUAUCAACCCAGUCGACGCGAAGAUGCUGGACUACAGCCCUGUUCCGGGUGCAGUACAUGGAUACGACUUUGCCGGGACAAUUGUUGCAUUGGGGUCCGACACACCUGCGCAUUUGAAUAUCGGGGAUCGUGUCGCGAGCUUUGUUCACGGUAUGAACUCAAUCCUCCCAGGAGUGGGUGCGUUCGCAGAAUAUGUCACAGCCUCUGCGGAUUUUAUUCUUCAUAUUCCAGACAAUAUGACAUUCAACGAUGCUGCUUCUAUCGGGUUGGGGUUAUUUACUGCUGGUCUGGGAGUCUUUCAUGAAUUGAGGGUGCCGGGUUCACUCAGUGCUUCUCAUGACUCGGACCUCGCUAUCGACGAGCGAUUCGUUUUGGUUGCUGGCGGCAGCACAGCUACAGGCACGCGAGCAAUUCAGUUACUGAAGCUGUAUGUAAAGAUUCCUUCCAAACUGACACUCCUAUUGCAUUCACUCAAGCAACCAACUAACCCGGCUCUCUCCUAUUCUAGUGACGGUCUCCGUCCUAUCGCCACCUGCUCCAAGUCAAACGCCGAUCUGGCCCGUCGUUUUGGUGCCGAGGAGGUAUUUGACUAUAGUGAUCCUGACUGCGCUUCCAAUAUUCGCCGCUAUACCGGCGGCGCACUGGCAUAUGCUUUAGACUGUGUUGCUAGGGCUGACACGACACAGCUCUGCUAUGAUGCUAUUGGGCGUGCUGGUGGCCGUUACGUUACCCUUGAACCUUUUCGCACUGCUAUCACAGAGAAAAGGGCCCUGACCAUUAACCCCUCAUGGCUUCUAGCUUUGACUGUGUUUGGACGCAAAGUUGACAUUGCUGGGGAGUAUUUCCGAGAGGCACAGCCUGAUGACCAUAAAUUUGCAAGAAAUCUCACUGUGCGCGUACAGGAGUUGUUGGACCACGGCAAGUUUGAUACUCAUCCAAUCAAGGUGAUGUCUGGAGGGUUGGAUGGCGUAAAAGAUGGUGUGGAUGUCAUUCGUAGUCAGUCUGUAUCGGGGCAAAAACUGGUCUAUCCUUUAUGA